AAGACACUUAAUUAUUCUUUCAAUCUCAACCCAUAUUAACCAAAGCAAUUAACAUCAUUAAUCACCCUUCUAAUCAACCCAAACUAUUCCCCAUUUUUUCUUCCCUCCCAAAGCGGCCAUGCAGCGUUACUCGAGCGCCGUAGCCAAGGCCUCAUCGUCAGCUUACCGUGGCGGCCUAAUGCGACGGAGCCACGUGGCGGUGCCGAACGUCGACGUGUUCAUCAACCACCGCGGGAUCGACACCAAGAGGACGGUGUCGGGGCUGCUGUACGACCACCUGUCGGCGGGGCUCCGGGUCAACUCGUUCCUCGACAGCAAGAACAUGAAGCCCGGCGACCGGCUCUUCGACAACAUCGAGGCGGCGAUCCGACGGUGCAAAGUCGGCGUCGCCGUGUUUUCGCCGCGGUACUGCGACUCUUACUUCUGUCUCCACGAGCUGGCGCUGAUGAUGGAGUCGAGGAAGAGGGUCGUCCCCAUUUUUUGCGACGUCAAGCCGUCGGAGCUUUUUGUUAAGGACCGUGGCGACUGCCCGUCGACGGAGCUCCGGCGGUUCACCCGCGCGCUCGAGGAGGCCAAGUACACCGUUGGUCUCGCAUUCGACACUCAUUCAGGGGACUGGUCGGAAUUUAUGAGGACGGCGACGGACGCCGUGUUGAAGAACUUGAUGGAGGUGGAAGGAGGCCGCCAUCGUCAGCUUGGGUACUCCGACAAGAACCGUAAAUACAUUGUGCAGAGGAUGAAUCGCCGCCGUUGAUAUUUGACACCUGCGAACGAUCGAACGGACGAAGUCCAGUAAAUUAAAGUUAAAAAUGACGAGAAAUUCUUUUAUUGACAGAAUAAGGAGUUUGCAUGCAAUGCAUGCAUUCGAUUCGUUCUUUUUUCAGACAAAAUUUGAUUAAUUUGUUGGUACGUACAUAGAUAGGUUGAUAAUUAAUUCAUUUCUUUGUUAAUUAAAAAAAAGGAAAAGAGAUAUUAAAAUUGAUCCAACUGUCAUAAUCUAAUCAUGUACUGUUAAAAAAAAUCAUUUGUAAACCUAAUUCAUUUCUAAUUAUGUAUAUCAAUUUGUCACAGUAGUGUAUGUAAUUAUUUGCUGAAACCAUUCUUUGUAUCCUUCGGUCUGUGGGAGAUGAAAUGAAAUAAAAGUAUAGUUGGAAAUAUUGAUUACGAUUGAUACAUUAUGUAAGUAAUUACUCUAAACUUACAAAUAUUAAAUGCUUAUUAUCCAAAUAUACAUCUGAUGCAUGGCUAUAGAAGUCGGUGCAUGUUGAGUAUGACAGGAUUUUUUAAUGCAUGGGAAGUUUGUGUUUUUGCUUGCUUAAUCUGAACUACCCAAAGACUUAUGAGCACUUCUACUAUGCUAUAUAGUAUUGGUGCUUUAAUGUACAACUUAAAGUUGUACCAUAACAUUAAAUGUAUAAGUUUAGGCUGUACCAUAAAGCAAUUUGUACCAUUAUGUUAUGGUACAACUUUACAACUUGAAGUUGUACCAUCACAUAAAGGUACAAGUUCAAGUUGUACCAUAAAAGAAUUUGUACAAAACGUAUAGGUACAAUAUGAAGUUGUACCACAAAGGCAAAAUCCUAUAGCACCAAUACUAUAUAGCAUUGUAAAAUUUCUCAAAGACUUAUAUCACUAUUCACAAGAGACUAAAAUGUGGGGGUUAGUGGGUACACCGAUGCCUAGUUGCCUACCCAUGCAAAUAUAUAUAUGUGGGUGGUUUCAAAAAUGAGUUUUCAUACUUUGAAAAGUUUUCAAAAAAAUAUUCUUCGUGCAAAUAUGAGAGAUGUCAGUGUUAAGAUAUAUCCCACCUGAAAACCAUUCACGAUUUCAUCACUCAAAUGAUUCUUAAGUGUUUCUUCACGCUGUUUAUGGCAGCGUAUAAGUCAAUAAGCAGUGCUCUUUCAACAUUUGCGGUAGCAAUUGCAGCAACCGAUGCCACUGAAUUUUGAGUUAUUUUCCAUUUAUAUUAAACUAUCUUAUACAAAAUAUGUUAAUUAAGAAUUCAAAUAGAGAUAAGAAAACAUUGCUUUUUUGCGGAGUUGUUUAAUUACAAUUUUUUUUUAUAAGGGCGAGCUAGAUUAAAAAAUGCAGAGAAAAAACCCAGGUCAAAGUACAGAUGAGAGAGAUCAAAAGGAUUGAUCUCAGAAAACUAAAAACAAAAGUACAACUCACAACCUGCAUAAGUUGUCUUUAAGCCAAUGCAUACCUUGAUUUUUAUCCAAUUUUCCAUGAGCAACAGCCAAAUUCAACAUCGCACUAGUAGCUUUCCUAGCGACAACAACAACCCAAUUCAAUCACAACAUUUAACAAAUAAACUACUACAUUUUUGGGGCCAAGGUGGUGCAAAAGGGACCUCCUUUGGUCUCAAGUGGCUCUGCCACUGCCCAUGUACAUUCGAAAACUGAAAUCGUGAAACAUUUACGAACCAGUGACGUGCACAUGUUUACGUUGUUAGCUUGAGUAUGACACUGUAAAAUUAUUUUGCAGGUUGUGACACAAUAUAAGAUCUAUAUGUUGACACAUACGUCUGUCAAUCACCGUUUGGAUCAUAUAUUACUUACUACUACACCCCAUCAAACGAAUGUCACCAUAUAUGGGUUUGAAGUUUGCACAUGUAAUGAAUACCAUCACCAUGUGAUUAACAAAUUGAGGCAAUCUUG